AUGCAGUGCUGCAAGGGCCGCCUGCUGGGCAUCUCGGUGGCCGUGGCCCACGGUGUGUUCUCCGGCUCCCUGAACAUCCUGUUGAAGCUGCUGAUCUCUCGCUACAAUUUUCACUUCCUGACGCUGGUGCAGUGCCUGACCAGCGGCACCGCCGCCCUGACCCUGGAGCUGCUCCGCAGGCUCGGCAGGAUCGACGUGCCCCCCUUCAGCCUGAGUCUGGCCAAAGUGUUCGCCGGGGUCACGCUGCUGUCCACGCUGCAGUCCUGCCUGACCCUGUGGUCCCUCCGGGGCCUCAGCCUCCCCAUGUACGUUGUCUUCAAGCGCUGCCUACCUCUGGUCACUUUAACCAUUGGGGUGUUUGUCCUGAAGAAUGGUGUUCCCUCCAUCGGUGUGUGUGCAGCGGUCUGUCUAACCACCUGUGGAGCUGCUUUAGCAGGAGUUGGUGAUCUCUCGGGGGAUCCGGUGGGUUAUGUGACCGGGAUCCUGGCAGUGCUUGUGCAUGCUGCCUACCUGGUGGUGAUCCAGAAGACGGGCCAUGAGCAUCCGUAUGGCCCCCUGACUGCCCAGUACGCCAUCGCCGUCAGCGCCUCGCCCGUGCUGCUGCUCUGCAGCUUUGCCAGCCUGGAUGCCAUCAAGAUCUGGUCGUACCCGCCCUGGCACGACGCCACGUUCAGCUGUGUGUUCGCCUCCUGCAUUCUGAUCGGCUGCCUCAUGAACUUCACCACCCUGCACUGCACUUACAUCAACUCGGCGGUGACCACCAGCUUCGUCGGCGUGGUCAAGAGCAUCGUCACCAUCACGGUGGGCAUGUUGGCAUUCCGGGACGUGGCGCCCACCUCCCUGUUCAUUGCCGGCGUGGUGGUCAACACGGUGGGCUCAGUCACCUAUUGCAUCGUCAAGUUCUUCGAGACGAGGCAACAAGCCAAGUACGAGGACCUGGAGGAGCUGACCAAGGCGGACGAGGAAGGUUUGACCGAGUCCCCCAGCGUCACCCCUCAAACGCAUGAACUGCAGGAAGAUGCCAACGCACGGGCACUGCCCAAUGGAAGCCUGCAGGCUGAACACAACCCACUGACUGAAAAUUAUAUCGGGGUCUGGAGGCUAUUGAGACGCCUGCAACUCUUCAGGAAGGAUCCUCCAGUUCAGGAAUCGCAAUAA